AUCCUUGUCCAGGUCGCCUCAUCCUCGCGGAGCUCGCGGCGGCUCGGGGCAGAGAGUCGCCGGGCCGCCCAGAGGCCCCGGGAAAGGACGAGGAGCGGGGCCGGGCCGGGCCGGCAAUGCCUCCAGCUGCUGCGGCGUCCGCUGGUGACCGAGCGUCCGCGGCUUUGGGGUCGCAGCUGGGCCCCGGGGAGGCCAGGCUUUGAGGCGCUGGGGCCUAGCGCCCGCUGCGGCGGCUCAGCAGGGCCUCAGGGCCCGCGCUCCCCCGCCUCCCUCGCUCUCUGCGGCCCCGCUUCGGCUCGCUUCCUUCGCCGCCGACCGCCAUGGCCUCCGCCGCCCGGGAGAGCGCGGCCUCCGGGCUCAGGCGGUCGCCACGGCUCCCGGCGCUGCGCGGGCUGCUGCUGCUGUGCUUGUGGCUGCCCAGCGGCCGCGCGGUGGGGUCGGCCUCCGCGCCGCUGUCCGAGCUGCACGCGCAGCUCUCGGGAGUGGAGCAGCUGCUGGAGGAGUUCCGCCGGCAGCUGCAGCAGGAACGGCCGCAGGAGGCGCUGGAGCUGGAACUGCGCGCGGGCGGCAGCCCCCAGGAAGGCUGCCCAGGCGGCGGCGGCGGCUACAGCGCCAUGCCGGACGCCAUCAUCCGCACCAAGGACUCCAUCGCGGCCGGCGCCAGUUUCCUGAGCGCGCCGGCUGCCGUGCGGGACUGGCGGCAGUGCCUGGAGGCCUGCUGCCUCGAGCCGCGCUGCUCCGUGGCCGUGGUGGAGCUGCCCCGCCGGCCCGCGCCUCGGGUCGCCGCGCUCGGCUGCUACCUCUUCAACUGCACGGCGCGCGGCCGCAGCGUCUGCAAGUUCGCACUGCACCGCGGCUACAGCAGCUACAGUCUCAGCCGCGCCCCAGAGGGCGAGCAAGAAGGCCUGGAAGCUGGCACUCCGGCCACCGCCAGGGCCUCGCCGCGGCCGGAAAAGGACGAGCCUCCACUUAGCAAGGCCGGGCAAGAUGUUGUUUUGCAUCUGCCCACAGAUGGAGUGAUUCUGGAUGGCCGUGAGAGCACAGACGACCACGCCAUCAUCCAGUAUGAGUGGAUACUGCUGCAGGGUGACCCGUCAGUGGACAUGAAGGUGCCUCAGUCCGGAACCCUGAAGCUGUCCCACCUGCAGGAGGGGACAUACACCUUUCAGCUGACGGUGAUGGACGCUGCUGGGCACAGGAGCUCUGACAACGUCUCGGUGACCGUGCUUCCCGUGGCCUCCUCCACAGGAGGAUGCUCGAAGGUUUGCUCGCGCUACCACUUCUUUUGUGAUGACGGCUGUUGCAUUGACAUCACGCUGGCUUGUGAUGGAGUGGAGCAGUGUCCUGACGCGUCUGAUGAAGCUUUCUGUCAAAAUCUGAGCCUUGACCGCAAGAUGGUGACCCACACGGCUAUGGCGCAGCCUAGACCCACCGGGCCAAGCAAAGAUGCAGGCAGGGCCUCCUUGCGGGAAAAGUCCCAGAAAACCACCGCCCCCAAACAGCCACCUGCAUCAUCAACCAUGGAAAAGAGGAAUCAUUCUGCCUUUUGGGGACCAGAGAGUCUCAUUGAUCCUGGGAUGCCAGAUAGUGGUUCCUCAGGGAAGCACAGAAAAGAGGAAAAUUAUAUUUUUGAGUCAAAGAGCAACCGCGGAGGAGGGGAACACCCAGCCCCAGAAGCAGGCUCGCUUCUAGUACCUUCCCUCCUCUGCUCUAAAUCUGGACUGGUUAUUCUCCAGGCCUGCUGCAUAGCAUUCAUACUGGGACUUCCUUUGCAAUAAUCCUGGAAUCCUGGGAACUCUUACCACCUCUCUCUUGAACAAGAUGUCCUACCUUCUUAGAUACCAUGGCUGCUUCUUUUCGGUUUUUCCUACUCUCUCUCUACUCUGUCAUUUUUUGGUGAUAUAAUUAAAGCAAUUCCUCCAGAAGUAUUCUGUAAAGCAGUAUGUGGAAUAUUUUUAAAGAUGGAGAUUGAGAUUGGCAAAUCUAAAAUUAUCUUUAUUCUAUGUAUUUAGUGACGUGUGGGUAUAGAAUUCAAGAUUGGAAAUCACUUUCAAUUCAGAAUUGUGAUGGUUUGCCUCUGACUUGUUCAUUCUAAUGUUGCUUUUCUAUAAUCUGAUUCCUUUCUGAUUACUGACCCUUAAACGGAUUAUCUAUUUUGUUUUUCUGGAAAUUUUUGGAAUAUUCUCUUUAUCUGUAACAUUCUGAAAUUUCAUGGUGAUAUUGUGGCUCUUUUUUUUUUUUUUUUAAUUCAUGGUACUAAGCACUCAAAAGAUCCUUUCAAACUAUAGAAUCAUGUCUUUCAGUUCUCAGAAAUUUUCUUAGGGCUUAGGGCUACCUGUUCCUCAUAAAGAAUUUCAAGUAGCAGCACCUCUUUUCAGGCCAAAGUGUUAUCUCUGGUUUCCAAGGUCCUGAUGCCUCCAAUUUCUAAGCUUUUUCUGAGUUCUGCAGAGCAAACUGCUUCUGCAUUGAUACCCCUCUCUUCAGUCUCUUUGGUUCAACUUCCUUCACCCUUCCAGGUCAGUUAUUACUCCAACUGCUUUCUGUCUUCACACACUGUAGAGUUCAGGAUUGCAGGUAUAAUCUCCUAGAUAACUGAAAAUGGAGUUAGUGUUUCCGUUUCUUGUUUUUCUAGUUGUUUUGGGGUGAUAUCCAAAGGAGGCAUAAACAUCUUUAUUCUCUUAAAACUGGAAAGCCCCUUCAGCAUGCCUAUCUUCAAAUUUAAUCAGAUGUAAAGAGCCGCCUCCACCCGAUAACACUUCCCAGUGCUACUACAAAUGUGCAAAUUAAUUCUGAGCUAAAGCCAGAAAUACCUUUCGAGAUCAUCUUAAGGUCUUAGUGGGGAAGAUGAGCCCUGUACCCCAAGACCUUUCAUUUAAACACAGUUCUGUUUCAGAUUUUAGUUGUUCCUACUAGGCUGCCAAUAUUUAAAAAAAAAAAAAAAGUUAAAAAAGUUAAAAAACUUACUGAUCAUGUGUUCAUACAUGAAAAUUCAUUAAGUUAUUCAUUUAUGACUUGUACACCUUUCUACAUCAUGUUAAUACUUCAAUUAAAAUAUGUUAAAACCACUGGUUUGGUCUUUUUUUCAAACAGAUAACAGGGCCAGAGAAAAUAGCUGAUUUUCCUAAGGUCAUUCAGCCAAUGAAUAACAAGUCAGUGACCAGAACAAACCCCCUAACUUUCAGCUUCUCAUAACUGUGUAAACACACAGAAAACCCACUUGCAGGCUGGGGAGUAGAUGAGACUGGGCAGAAGAGACAGUGUCACUUUUAGCCCCUUGCCAUCUAGUCAAGAACUAUGAAAAAAUCACAUGUAAUAGAAACCUAAGCCAAGGAAUAUUGGGGCUGACAUAAGUUUAUCAGAAUCUUACUAAAAUGAAAACUCAAUUUUGUACUUAAAUAUUUCCUUGACUAUGUAAUAUAUACUACUGGAAUAUCCCUCCCUCUCACUGCAACUAUGCAAAUCCUACUAUUCUUUAAGAUUCAGUUCAAAUUCCAUUCCUAUAAGAAGUCUCCUUGACUAUUCUAUGCAACAUACUCUCCCUCCCUUGAACUCCUACAGUACAUAUUUUCUUUUCCCUUCAACAUCUAUCAUACGCUGAUACAGGUAUGACACAGCUCUUCUAGAUCAUAAGGUUUGUGAGGAUAAAUGUACGACAAAUACUUCCUGGUCUUACCCAUGCACCUAACAUAGUCUUGCACAUUCCG